AUGGCUUCUGAAACCUCAUCUCAUGUCCUCACAACAUACAGCGGCAGUUGUCAUUGUGGAGCCAACACCUACACAGUUGUCCUCUCCCAACCCAUCGAGCACAUCAAAGUCGUGCAUUGUAACUGCAAGCUCUGCACCAAAAACGGCUACCUCAACGUAUACCCCAAACGAAAGGAUGUCAAAAUCGAGGGAAAGGAGAAUUUGACGUCAUAUGUCUUCAGCAAGAAAUCCUGCGCUCAUCUAUUCUGCAAGACCUGUGGAAGCAGUCUGAUGGCGAGUCCGAGAGCUAGCGAUGAGGGUGGAGAAGAACCGGAGGAUUUCGCUGUCAAUGUUAGAGGAUUUGAUGGCAUCGACUUGGAGAAGCUUCAGUAUCAAAAGUAUGAUGGGAGGUCUGUUUGA